UUUUUUUUUUUUUAAAAUAGAACUCCCUUCUCUCUUACACUUUUAUAACAAAGAUGUCUGACGCUGUUGAUACACAAAAGUUGACCACUGUUGGUUUCGAUGCUCGUUUCCCCAACACCAACCAAACCAAGCACUGCUGGCAAAACUAUGUUGAUUACUUCAAGUGUAUCAAUGCUCGUGGUGAAGAAUUCGAACCCUGCAAGCAAUUCCAAAAAGCUUACCGCUCUUUGUGCCCUAACGAAUGGAUUGAAAAGUGGGAUGCUCAAAGAGAAGAAGGUCGUAACCCUUCUAACCUUGAAGUUUAAACAAAAAAAAAAAAAAUUCAUUAAAAAAUCAUUCGUUUUUUAUUAUUAUUAUUAUUAACAAGUGAAUAAUACAUUAUGUACAAG